AGGGAUAGAUAGGGUAAUUUGACAUGGAGGGAAACAGACAGUGCGCCCAUCCAAACAAACCCAAAGACACAAGUCCUCAAAUAUCCGGCAGGUGGCAAGUUCCCUCUCUUGCCACGCCACUGCCGGAAUCCACCAUUUUCUCACCUCAAUUUACUAAAACACCCCCAGACACAUUUACGGAAACACCCCUACAAUGCAAAAUCCCAUAUUAUUUAAAUCACUUUCACUUUUCUCAACGCCUCAAUCACAUUUGCACUCAUUGUUUUCUCCUUUUCUGUCGAUCAAAAGGUGCAGCAGCACGAGGAGAAUAGCUAGGGCGAUGCCUUGUACUUCGCUAGUAAAAUCCAGCGACGGCAACGGAGCUGUGCGGAGUUUCAAAUUGCAGGAGGCAACUUUCCUUGCUGCUCAAAUGCCGAAGAAAGAGAUUGCCGCUGAUCGAUUCAUCGAAGCGCAUCCUGAAUACGAUGGCCGCGGCGUCAUCAUUGCCAUUUUCGAUUCUGGAGUUGAUCCUGCUGCGGCUGGAUUACGAGUUACUUCUGAUGGAAAGCCGAAGGUCAUUGAUGUCCUAGAUUGUACUGGGAGCGGAGAUGUUGAUACUUCCACAGUUGUAAAGGCUGAUGAGGAUGGUCGUAUUCCUGGAGCUUCUGGAGCUUCUCUUGUCAUUAAUUCUUCAUGGAAGAAUCCAUCUGGUGAGUGGCAUGUUGGCUGCAAGUUGGUGUAUGAACUCUUUACUGAUACACUAACCUCUCGAGUAAAGAAAGAACGAAAAAGAAGGUGGGAUGAGAAAAAUCAAGAAGCAAUAGCAGAGGCUGUAAAGCAGCUUGAUCAAUUUGAUAAGAAGCACACCAAAGUCGAAGGCGUGCACUUGAAAAAGGUCCGUGAAGACCUGCAGAAUAGAGUUGAUCUCCUACGCAAGCAAGCUGAUAGCUAUGAUGACAAGGGACCUGUUAUUGAUGCUGUUGUAUGGCAUGAUGGGGAACUUUGGAGAGCUGCUUUGGACACACGGAGUCUUGAGGAUGAAUCAGGAUGUGGAAAGCUUGCUGAUUUUGUUCCUUUAACUAAUUACAGGCUUGAACAAAAGCAUGGAGUUUUUAGUAAACUGGAUGCCUGUACAUUUGUGCUAAAUGUUUACAAUGGAGGGAAUAUUUUAAGUAUUGUGACAGAUAGCUCAGCACAUGCCACCCAUGUUGCUGGUAUUGCUGCCGCCUUCCACCCGGAGGAGCCUUUGCUAAAUGGAGUUGCACCUGGAGCACAAAUUGUGUCCUGUAAAAUUGGGGAUUCACGGUUGGGUUCUAUGGAAACAGGGACUGGUUUGACUAGGGCCUUGAUUGCUGCUGUAGAGCAUAAAUGUGAUCUCAUCAAUAUGAGUUACGGAGAACCUACACUGCUGCCAGACUAUGGUCGCUUUGUUGACCUUGUCAAUGAGGUUGUUAACAAACACCGCCUAAUAUUUGUCAGUAGUGCCGGCAAUAAUGGGCCGGCUUUGACUACUGUGGGUGCACCCGGUGGCACCAGUUCAAGCAUAAUUGGAGUGGGAGCAUAUGUUUCUCCAGCUAUGGCUGCUGGUGCUCACUUAUUAGUUGAGCCACCUACUGAAGGCCUUGAAUACACCUGGUCUAGUCGGGGACCUACUGAUGAUGGUGAUCUUGGUGUCUGCAUAAGUGCCCCUGGUGGUGCUGUGGCCCCUGUGCCCACAUGGACCCUUCAAAGACGCAUGUUAAUGAACGGAACAUCAAUGGCAUCUCCAUCUGCUUGUGGAGGUGUGGCUUUAAUUGUCAGUGCUAUGAAGGCGGAAGGUAUUCCUGUUAGUCCAUACAGUGUACGAAAGGCUCUUGAAAAUACAUCUAUACCUGUGGGUGCUUCACCAGAAGAAAAGUUAACCGCUGGACAGGGACUCAUGCAAGUUGACAAGGCUUAUGAGUACAUGCAAAAGGUGCAAAAUCUUCCUUGUGUGUGGUAUCAAGUAAAUAUCAAGCAGGCAGGAAUAACAAGUAAACCAACUUCAUCUGCUACAUCUCGAGGAAUCUACCUUAGGGAGCCUUUAUAUUGUCACCAAUCUACAGAGUGGACAGUGGAAAUUGCACCGAAGUUCCAUGAAGACGCAAAUAAUUUAGAUCAAUUGGUUCCUUUUGAAGAGUGCAUUGAGUUGCAUUCUACUGGAGAGACAGUAGUGAGAGCUCCUGACUACCUCCUUCUCACCCAUAACGGUCGCAGUUUCAGCAUAGUUGUGGACCCCACCACGUUAAGUGAUGGCUUGCAUUUUUAUGAAGUAUAUGGCAUAGACAGCAAAGCACCAUGGCGAGGACCACUUUUCAGAAUUCCAGUGACCAUAACAAAGCCCUCUGUUGUGACGAGUAGACCCCCUGUAAUUUCCUUCCAAGGAAUUUCAUUUGUACCAGGCCAAAUUGAAAGGAGAUUUAUUGAGGUACCAUUUGGUGCUUCCUGGGUGGAGGCCACCAUGAGAACAUAUGGAUUUGAUACAGCUAGAAGAUUCUUCAUAGAUACUGUUCAGCUUUCCCCGUUGCAAAGGCCCAUUAAGUGGGAAAGCGUGGCCACAUUUUCAUCACCUUCUUCCAAAAGCUUUACGUUUCGUGUGGAGGGUGGUCAGACAAUGGAAUUAGCAGUAGCGCAAUUUUGGUCCAGUGGCAUAGGCAGUCAUGAGACCACAGUUGUUGAUUUUGAGAUUGCAUUCCGUGGUAUAAACAUCAGCAAAGAGGAAAUUGUUCUUGAUGGAAGUGAAGCACCUGUGAGGAUUAAUACUGAAGCUCUUCUGUCAACUGAAAAACUUGUCCCUUCUGCAGUACUCGACAAGAUAAGAGUUCCAUAUCGUCCAGUUGAUUGCAAGCUGCACGCGCUUUCAGCAGACCGGGACAAAUUGCCCUCAGGAAAACAGAUUCUGGCUCUUACAUUAACCUACAAAUUCAACCUGGAGGAUGAUGCUGAACUGAAGCCUCAGAUUCCCUUACUUAACAAUCGGAUCUAUGAUAACAAAUUUGAGUCUCAGUUUUAUAUGAUAUCGGAUGUGAAUAAGCGGGUGCAUUCUAUGGGUGAUGUUUAUCCAAAUUUCGCAAAACUUCCGAAGGGUGAAUACACUCUACAGCUAUAUCUGAGGCAUGACAAUGUACAGUACCUAGAGAAGAUGAAGCAAUUGGUCUUAUUCAUUGAAAGAAAAUUGGAGGAAAAGGACAUUGUUCGGUUGAACUUCUAUUCUCAACCUGAUGGCCCACUAACGGGUGAUGGUUCCUUCAACUCUUCAGAUCUGGUUCCAGGAAUGAAAGAAUCAUUUUAUGUGGGUCCUCCAGCGAAGGACAAGCUCCCAAAGAAUUCCCGUGAAGGAUCUGUAUUGUUUGGCCCAAUGUUAUAUGAAGAGGGAAAAGGUCGGCAGAAGAGUCCUGCUUCUUAUCAAAUAUCUUAUUUUGUGCCACCAAUGAAGCUUGAUGAAGACAAAGGAAAAAGUUCAAGCGACACCAAGUCUGUCUCAGAAAGACUAGAAGAAGAGGUCCGCGAUGCUAAAAUAAAGGUUCUUGCUAGCUUAAAUCAAGGCACAGAUGAGGAACGCGCGGAAUGGAAAAAGUUAUCUGAGUCACUUAAGUCAGAGUACCCAAAAUACACUCCUUUGCUUGCUAAAAUAUUGGAAGGCGUGCUUUCUCGGAGCAAUAUUGAAGACAAAAUCCAUCAUUUCACAGAGGUUAUCACUGCAGCAGAUGAAGUUGUUGCUAGUAUCGAUAGAGAUGAAUUGGCAAAAUAUUGUGCCCUCAGAAGUGACCCAGAAGACGAGGCUACAGAAAAAAUGAAGAAGAAGAUGGAGACAACCCGUGACCAGUUAACUGAAGCACUCUACCAGAAGGGAUUGUCUUUGGCAGAGCUUGAAGCAUUGAAGGGUGGCAGCACUGCAGAUAAGGCAGAGAGCCAGGUUGCAUUGGAGUCUGAUGUCCAGUCAGAUAUGUUUGAAGAGAACUUCAAAGAGCUAAAGAAAUGGGCGGAUCUGAAGUCUUCUAAAUAUGGCAUCCUUUCGGUUCUCCGUGAGAGGCAUCAUGAAAGACUUGGAACCGCGCUGAAGGUUCUAAAUGACAUGAUACAAGAUGAUGGUAACCCACCCAAGAAGAAGUUUUAUGAUCUGAAGCUCUCUUUGCUCGAUCAGAUAGGAUGGAGCCACUUGGUGGUAUAUGAGAAACAGUGGAUGCAAGUACGAUUUCCAUCGUCACUACCUCUGUUUUAGUGUUUGUUCGGUGAACACACCAUAUUUAGUAGAAUACGAGAGAAAGAAAUGAUGUCAACAGUUCUGCAUGAAGAAACUUGAUCAUUUAUGGCACUGUGCAAUGUUGAAUAAAAGUCUUCCUUUCCAAUAUUCACCUAGUUUGUUUUCUUUAGUCCUAUUAAGAAGAAGGAUUGCAUGUUUAAACUAUGUAAUUUAAAAGUGAUCUGGCACCGCUCUGGCUCCAUGCUAUUAUUGUGUAUCUGGGCGUUUAUGGUUUCUAUGGGCAUUCAUCCUCAACAAUCAGAAUACGGCGAUAUAAAAUUGGUUUUCUGGUUUGA